CCGAUUCUCAGCCGUUCCAUGAAGUUCCAUGAAGCCCUUCGGGCUGUGUAUCAAAACAUGGAGGACUGAAGGAGAUAAACAGAGAUAUGGAUUCGGUCAAUCGAGAGACUGCACAUCGACAUCCGGAUUUAGCAGAAUGGAGGAGAUGUCAAGGAAAGGCUGGUUUCUAUGGAAUAUUGUCAGUUGUCAUAGGAAGUGGUGUGACAUUUGUUGGACUUUCAUUUUUUAAUCAAGUACCCAAGAAGUACAUUCCACUUCUCUCUCUUGGUGCCGGAGCUAGCGGUGGCUGGGUGGUUUCAAACAGAAUUGUGAUGUCUUUCCGCAGAGCUCAGAUAGAUUCCACUAUCACAAACCUCAAUCAGUCAUCAGAAAUGGAAGACAAUAGUACACCCCCAUCACUUCCAGAAUCAAAGUUUGGAGACAAAAACUUUAUCAAGGAAUAAUAAUUAUUACUACCUUAUGGUUGUAAUUCACGUUUAUCUGAAAUGGGUUGUUUUCACAUUCAUCUUAAGACUCUGAGUGUCACUAAACUGAGUUACAGGAACACUGUCUGGCCACUAUGGUACUUGAUUGGACAGAGAUAUCAAGACUGGAGGAUUUUAAUGCUCACCAUUGGCUUCUGUUCCCCAGACCACUUCUGCUCAUGUAAUAUUCAGUGUUUGUAGGCACACCUCUAAAAGGCAGAUAGAACAUCCCAAUCAAAGAAAAGAAUUAUUUGGACUUUGCCAGAACUUAUGUCUUCAGCUUCACUGAGAAGAGAUCUGUGAAUGAGUUUUUAUCAGACUGAGCCAAGUCUGUACAAAAUGGUUCCCAUGCUUAUGAUGUGGCUGUGUGUAAAAACUGGGCUCCUUUAUAUGAGUAUUAGUUUGUUUUCCCAUCCAGUAGAUUCAGAAAAUUGGUGCUACCCCAUGCACAAUAAUGAUAGAUUUUACUUCUUUCCUAAGACAUAUCAGUGGUGUGAGUUUAUGAGAACUGGAAAUUGCUGUGGAAUCAUGAGCUAUAGUGUUUGCUAGGCUGUCAGUUCAAGCCUUCUCCAACUGUUACAGUUCUUUUGUAAAAUAUUACAUUGUAACAAUGUCAUAUUUUGCAGAGUGAUAGACGCAGCUCUCAACCAAUCAAAGUUUGCAUAAUUUUUAUAUUGGCUAUUUUCUUGGAUAUUUAAUUAUGUGGACUUUUUGCCCUCUUUACUGUAUUUGUUUUCCUUCAGAAUUUAAUAAAAACAAGAGUACCAAAGCAUGUGUUUGUUUUGAAUGUCGUGUUAUUGUGUUUCUUCCUGCU